AUGACCGUCUGGGCUAUCGUUGGUCCGCCGGGUGUAGGCAAGGGUACAUUUCUGAACACGCUAAAAGCCGUGCUGAAGGAUGGUCUAAAGUGCGUGUCAUUCGGGGAUAGAUGCAGGCAACUCGUCAAAGUUGAGGAUCCGUUUAUGAUGGAGGUAGUCGAUACGAUGAAGCGUACACAACUUGGCUCGUUGCAACGUGAAAACUUAACACUGCAGCGCAACUUGUAUGUCACUGCACAGUUAAUCGAGAGAGAAUUCACAGGUUCUCUACCAAAUAUGGUUAUACUGGACAAUUUUCCUCGUUCAAUACCAGAACUACAGUUUCUCGCGGAACAUAAUAUAGAUGUGAGAUGUAUCAUGCUCGAUAUAUACGAUCACGAGGCUGUGCACUAUGUGGAACGAAUCUCUCGAAGAAAGCGAGGUGACAAUGCAAGGCUCCGCAUCCAGGAAUACUUGUUGUCGACGAGACAUAGCAUGAAUGACAUGAUCGAGACAGAACGCAACAGCAUACGUAUAGAAGUGUCCGCUGAUGCCUCGCCUGAG